AUGACCUCCGCCAACAGUACCUCGUUUAUCAACACACCAGUAAACUCAGAAGCUCCUAGAUUCAGAUCGAGAUCGCCAGUAGUAAUGAAUCGCCUUACGCAAACCUACCCUCUUUUAGACCACGCUAUCAAAGGUGAAGAAAACUACCAAGAGACAUGGAAUUCACACCAACAACAACUUUUCCAUGAGAUCAAUGCCCUCGCUAAAGCUCAUGUCGACUCGGAAACAACUAUUGAGGAACUCCGGAAGUCCCUUACAGACUCUUCCCACAAAGCCCAGGAAUACGAAGCCCGAUACGGCGAAUUACUGAGCCAGAAUCACGAUCUUAUAGAAGCGCACGCCCUUGAGAGAAAAGUAAAAAGAUACCAUAAUCAGCGCACUCAGUACUCGACCACCUAAUGGAGGGUUACAAGCUACUUUACGAUCGCCAUUCCACCCAGACCCACUCGAAUUCUCAGGAGAGGACCCAAAGGAACUCCCCUCAUUCCUUCGGAAGCUCCAGUUGAAACUCAGAAUGAAUAACGACUGGUGGACCUCGGAACAACAACGAAUGGGCUAUGUUAUUAGCCUACUCUCCUCAAAAGCAUAUAACCAGGUCGCACACGGUAUCAACGAUGAUGGUACAAUCUUACACCCGCAUGUGAAAGCUAUCACCGACAUCCUGUGAGGGUUGGAACCCAUGAUGGAGGCUCGGGCCAUGCCCUCGCUAAGCACUGACCAAAGUCCCCGCUCAGCAUUGGCCAUUGCUCCACUGCUAAAUUGGUAUCUCCNGGAGGCUCGGGCCAUGCCCUCGCUAAGCACUGACCAAAGUCCCCGCUCAGCAUUGGCCAUUGCUCCACUGCUAAAUUGGUAUCUCCUUUUCUACACUUUUCUACUCUAUUCUUUUGACGUCACGUAUUUGUCAAACAGUUUCUUGGAAGACUCCAGAAACUCUUCCUCUCUCUAUAUAUAGAGGAAGAGAUUGCAUGUAGUCUUCACGCACUUCUUAAUUGAAUAUUCGAAACCACACCUUUGAGCUAUUCGAGGUCUGGCCUCUCACAGUAGAAGUGCGUCACUCUCAUCCACUUUGGACCAGAGCCAAUCAGUCAGCCAAUCAGUCAGCCAAUCAGUCAGCCAUUCAGUCAACCAUUCAGUCAGUCAGUCAGUCAGUUAUCAGUCAGCAGAAGCCCUCACCCACGUUGAGGCCAUUCAGUCAGUCAUCAGUCAGUCAGCAGAAGCCCUCACCUACGUUGAGGCUAUUCAGUCAGCAUCAGUCAAUUAG